GCACGGCCAGGAAACAGCUUCCCUGGAAGACGCUUUGAUUUUCACAAUGAUUCCCAACAGUACCAUCCCAGAAAACGUGAGCAGCAGUGGAAGGUUCAAACUCGACAUCCUGAAAAAUAAGGCGAAACGAUCUUUAACAAGUUCCCUGGAGAAUAUCUUCUCAAGGGGAGCUAGCAGAAUGAGAGGCCGCCUGGGAAGCAUGGACAGCAUCGAACGGUCCAGCAGUCUUGCUUCAGAGAAGGACUACUCCCCGGGCGACUCCCCACCAGGAACACCACCAGCCUCCCCACUGUCCUCAGCUUGGAGCACGUUCCCUGAAGAGGAUUCGGACUCCCCAUAUUUCCGCAGACGGGCACACACGUUCAGCCACCCCCCCUCCAGCUCCAAGAGAAAGCUGACUCUGCAGGAGGGGAGGGCACCUGGCGUGCGCUCCCCGCUCCUGAGGCAGAGCUCCAGCGAGCAGUGCAGUGAUGGAGAAGGGAGAAGAAGGACCUCGUCCACCUGCAGCAAUGAGUCCCUAAGCAUCGGGGGCACCCCUGUGACUCCUCGCCGAGUCUCUUGGCGGCAGCGCAUUUUCCUCCGGGUCGCUUCGCCCAUGAACAAGUCUGCAGCAGCCAUGCAGCAGCCAGAUGGACUGGACAGGAAUGAGCUGCUGCCGCUCUCCCCUCUGGCUCCAACCAUGGAAGAGGAACCCCACGUUGUCUUCCUGUCUGGGGCCGAUGACCCCGAGAAAGCUGAAGAAAGGAACACAUCAGAAGAGCUCAGGAGUCGGUGGAGAAAGGCAAUCCACCAACAAAUCUUGCUGCUGCGAAUGGAAAAAGAAAACCGGAAACUGGAAGCGAGCAGAGAUGAACUCCAGUCCAGAAAGAUCAAACUAGACUAUGAAGAAGUCAGCGUGUGUCAAAAGGAGGUCCUCCUCGCCUGGGAUAAGAAGCUGUUAAACUGCAGAGCUAAAAUCAGAAGCGAUAUGGAAGAUAUUCAUGCUUCUCUUAAAGAAGGUGUGCCCAAAUGUCGACGGGGAGAAAUUUGGCAGUUCCUAGCUUUACAGUAUCGCCUGCGGCACAGACUGCCUAGUAAGCAGCAGCCUCCGGACACGUCCUAUAAAGAACUCCUAAAGCAGCUCACGACGCAGCAGCACGCCAUCCUGGUGGAUUUAGGCAGGACAUUUCCCACGCACCCUUACUUUUCAGCACAGCUGGGGGCUGGCCAACUGUCUCUCUUUAACCUCCUGAAAGCCUACUCUCUGCUGGACAAGGAAGUGGGGUAUUGCCAGGGCAUCAGCUUCGUGGCUGGCGUCCUGCUUCUGCACAUGAGUGAGGAACAGGCUUUCGAAAUGCUCAAGUUCCUCAUGUACGACCUUGGCUUCCGCAAGCAGUACCGGCCCGACAUGAUGUCGCUGCAGAUCCAAAUGUACCAGCUGUCCAGGCUGCUCCACGACUACCACCGUGACCUCUACAACCACCUGGAGGAAAAUGAGAUCAGCCCCAGCCUGUAUGCGGCCCCCUGGUUCCUCACCUUGUUCGCCUCCCAGUUCCCACUGGGAUUUGUAGCCAGAGUUUUUGAUAUAAUUUGUCUUCAAGGAACUGAAGUUAUAUUUAAGGUUGCACUUAGCCUGCUCAGCAGCCAAGAGGCACUGAUAAUGGAAUGUGAAAACUUUGAAAGUAUUGUCGAGUUUCUUAAAAACACUCUGCCUGAUAUGAAUACAUCUGAGAUGGAAAAAAUCAUUACACAGGUCUUUGAGAUGGAGAUUUCCAAACAGCUGCAUGCCUACGAGGUGGAAUACCACGUGCUGCAAGAUGAGCUUCAGGAAUCUUCCUAUGCUUGUGAGGACAGCGAACCCGUGGAGAAACUGGAGAGGGCCAACAACCACCUGAAAAGGCAAAACAUGGACCUGCUGGAAAAGUUACAGGUAGCACAUGCUAAAAUCCAGACCUUAGAAUCAAACCUGGAAAAUCUUUUGACCAGAGAGACCAAAAUGAAGUCUUUAAUCCGGACCCUGGAACAGGAGAAAAUGGCCUAUCAGAAGACAGUGGAGCAAAUCCGCAAGCUGCUGCCAGCAGAUGCGCUGGCCAGUUGUGAGGUGCUGCUGAGAGACCUCAACUUCAACCCUAACAACAAAGCCAAGACGGGAAUUAAGCCAUAAUUAAGAAGUGUCCCCGCCGGAGUGAGCGCUAUGGAGCACACGGUGGAAAGGGAGAGGCUGGGUGCUGCUGGCUGAGCGCUGGACCCCAAAGCUGAUGGACCUCCUCCAAGCCUGCUGAGCACCGCACCCCAGCCCGCAGACUCCUGUCCUCCCGGAGGCCGCAGACUCACAGCAUUGUACAGACGCAGCUACCUGGGAGUGGGGGUGGCGGUAUUAACAGCUAUGUACAUAUAUUCAAAAAGUACAUAAAGGGUUCAUGCUUUAUAAGUGAAAGAGCAGAUGUAUAUUUAGAGCUUUUUUUUUGUAGUCAGAACUUCUAGACACACAUCAGAUCUUUUUCUUUUUGGUUCUUUCUUGUGAGACAAAACUAGAGCCUCUUUGUAUUAUUGAAUUAUACUUGAAAAAAAAAAAGUAUUUUUUCUCUCCAAAGAACAGCGGCACGCUUCACUCAGUAGUGGAGACAGGCAGUGGGGAACAUGCCCUGCCUUUAUGUGUACCUGUCCUGUGCUCUGACGAGGACCUCGGCUGCCUGGCAGUCACACUCCUCUGGGAAUUUCAGGAAGGACCGCCGGGAGCCUGGCUCCCCUGCUUGCCUCUUGCCAAUUAGCAUGCUGCAGACCCACAUGCAUUUGGAAUCUGGGGAGUCUUUCCAUAAGGGCGUGUGGGAGGAGAUGCCAAGGCACACAGCCUGAGUUCAAGGCCAGCGUUCCUACUUUGCUAGCAAAUUCUACUAGCCUUAUUCCUCAAACCCAAAUAAUCAGGCCUAAAACAUUUCAUUUAGGAGCCCAGUCGCCAAGGUUCUCCUUCUGCCUUCCACAAAGCAUGAGAAAAUGUUGUCAUUAUGCUUGGAUUUCUAAUGAUGACACGCCUUUUAUUGUUGUCUCUCUGUGUGUGUCCCCUGCCCCUGGCCAAUGGAAAGGGGUCACUGAGCUCUCACUAAAUUUCCUGUUGAUGUGAAAAUGUCCAGCAACUGUGAAGUGUUGAAGAGCAAACUCUGUCGAACUCUUGUUGGAAGAGAAAGGGAGAGGCGCUGAGCUCGGGUGAAGCCUGAGAUUCAGCAUUUAGUUUCCCCCGACCUUCAGGCCCCAGGGAGCCAACUAGAGGCCUUUCACGCACACUGGCUGGGUGGAAGGAUCGCGCUUAUGGAAGUGCACAUACGGCGAUCUCUUUUCUAGAUGAGUCCGUCACCGUGCCUCUGCAAGCCGAUGUUCCUUUUCUCCCCACCCCCCCCCUUUUUUUGCCUUUCCAAACAAUUCUUAUCAUCCCUGCAUUUUUGCAGCACCUGUAUUAUUACAGGUGGACUAUUUGAAUGAGAAUUUCUUCCUAGGGAGUUUGUCCUACAACAAGUUGAAAUUUAUUAGAGUGGGCAAGUGAAACCCCCAGACACGCGGAAAACCCAAAACCACCUUGAAACUGUUGCUCAGCGUGCAUGUCGUGAAUCUUGUGACAAGGACCAGGCCCUCUAAGGCAGGCUGGUUUUGUCAUCCUUUAAAAAAAAAUUAAGAUAGUAAAGUCUUAGUUAAUGUAACAUCUAGGUUCUAGUUCAAUAACAAGAAAAUGCUGAUUCUAGGUACCUCAUUCAAUCGGGGCCCCCAGAAUUAUUUGUUGAUACCAUUUCCUGAGUUUUUCUCCAUUUGUAGAAGGCUUGUUUCUUCCCUACCAGGACUCUAACCGUAUCAUACAGUUGCUGUCGGGUGAUGAUAAUUGCCUUUGGUGUGUGGUGUACCGGUGGUGGUUAAGGAAUCUCCCAGCUCGGCAAAGACACCUGUUUCUCUCUGUUGCUGAGUUUAAAGUAAACUUUGUACUGGAAUAUUUAGAGUCAGCAUUAUGAGUUGCACAAUCAUGUUCAGGGAUGGAUGUUAACUUGGCUACAAUAUUUUCUUUUGAAAAUGAAUUUUCUUUUUUUUUUUCUGUGAUUUUUUUCAAAAAAAGUGUUGCACCAAUUGCCCUUCAUGCAUUGUUAAACUCUUCAUGAGGUUAAUAUAACAUUGAGUUUAUUUCCAAUAAAUAUAUUGCUGCCA